UGCAGUUGCUGAAACAUGCAAUGUGUCGGCUUCCGAUAUAUGACACUCGCCCUUGCUACUAUACACAUGAUUACGGAUUGUGGAUCUACAUGCCCCACUCAGCUCCCACGUGUUGGACCACGCCUACUCCGUGCAAAAGCCUUAUUCGGUGACGUAAUGCGCAUGUGCAAAAAAGAAGUGCUUGCAUACGCGAACUGUAUUCCACCCCAGAAGCUACGUCACGUUGUACGUAUCGUGUGCGAAAUAUACAACUGCUGUAGGCCUUUGGGUGAAGACAGCAACUUCAAACCGAUGGCUGAUUGCAUCGUGUCCAAGACUCUUAAUCAGGUAUGCCUUGCUAAAGUGGCCAAAAAAUCUGGUUGGGGACUACAGACUAUUGACGACAGCACUGCGUUCGGAGUGAAAUUCGUAUACUCAUUUGGAUGGACUUGACGCAAGGAACUUUAUCGGAAAACAGUUCGGGGGCAACAGAAAGUAAGAAUGUCUGUAUGUUUCUGAAAGGCCGCCUACAAAGAACUGGUUCAUAGUGAGGUUCAAAGUCAUGAGAACCAACAUGACCACGUGAGAUUGCA